AAAACAAGUUUAAAAAUACACUAAAAAUAAAGAAAAAGCUUUAUUAAGUUUUUUAAUUAAAUUAAGCGUUAAUAUAUUGAUCUUGUUAAGUUAAUUAAAAGCAAAGAUGCCCAGUGAAAUGAUAACACUACAAUUAGGCCAAUGUGGUAAUCAGAUUGGUUUUGAAUUUUGGAAGCGAUUAUGUCUUGAACAUGGCAUAUCUCCAUCGGGUGUUCUUGAGGACUUUGCUACAGAUGGGCCUGACAGAAAGGAUGUCUUCUUUUAUCAGGCUGACGAUGAUCAUUACAUUCCAAGAGCAGUCCUUCUAGAUUUGGAGCCUCGAGUUAUUCAUACAAUAAUGCAGUCACAAUAUGCAAAAUUGUAUAAUCCAGAAAACAUUUAUUUGUCAAAGGAUGGAGGAGGUGCUGGAAAUAAUUGGGCAAGUGGAUUCAGUCAAGGAGAGAAGUUGCAAGAAGAAAUCUUUGAUAUAAUUGACAGAGAAGCUGAUGGAAGUGAUAGUUUAGAAGGAUUUGUUCUUUGUCAUUCAAUUGCUGGAGGAACUGGAAGUGGUAUGGGAAGUUACAUCAUGGAACGUUUAUCAGAUCAUUUCCCAAAGAAAUUAGUACAGACAUAUAGUGUCUUUCCAAAUCAAGAUGAAAUUAGUGAUGUUGUAGUUCAACCUUAUAAUUCCUUAUUAACGUUAAGAAGACUUACAAGCUGUGCUGAUUGUGUUGUAGUACUUGAUAACACAGCAUUAAAUCGUAUUGCUACUGAUCGUUUACAUCUCGAAAAUCCAUCAUUUACUCAAAUUAAUACUCUCGUCAGUACAAUCAUGUCAGUAAGCACAACAACAUUAAGAUAUCCAUCAUACAUGAAUAAUAACUUAAUUGGACUCACAGCACCGCUUAUUCCAACACCACAGCUUCAUUUCUUAAUGACUGGAUAUACUCCAUUAACAACUGACACUGAUACUGUCAAUAUCCGAAAAACGACAGUUUUGGAUGUUAUGAGACGACUUUUACAGCCAAAGAACAUGAUGGUAUCAACUGGACCAGAUAAGUCAAAUCAUCACUGCUAUAUCUCAAUACUCAACAUAAUUCAAGGUGAAGUUGAUCCAACUCAAGUCCAUAAAUCACUUCAACGCAUUCGUGAAAGAAAAUUGGCACAAUUUAUUCCUUGGGGUCCAGCGAGCAUUCAAGUUGCUUUAUCUAGAUCCUCUCCAUACGUUCAAAGCAGUCAUCGUGUAUCUGGUCUGAUGCUUGCAAACCACACAAGUAUUUGCUCAUUAUUCGAAAGAGCAUUAAGUCAAUAUGAUAAGCUUCGCAAACGAGGAGCUUUCCUUGAUCAGUUCCGCAAAGAAGAAAUGUUUAAAGAUGAUUUAUCGGAACUUGAUGAAUCUCGUGAUGUUGUUGAUUCUCUUGUUCAGGAAUAUGAAGCAGCAACUCGAAGCGAUUACUUACAAUGGCAAGCCAAAAAGGAUGUGGAAUAAAAUCUUCUUGCAGAAUCUC